AUGGUGAAAUUCAGCCGCCGGGAUCAAUCCAAACAAUUCCUAACACUCCCCGUGAUAGAUGCGGUAGAAGAUGCAGAGUCAUCCAACAUCUCUACGCACAGCCAAAGGAUCAAGCCGAUCGGAAAGACCUUGAUCGUCAAAAACCCUAGCUGCCCUACGUUGGAUGCGGUCAAAUGGAAGAAGUUGGUAACAGGGGGCUCCAGCCCAGAGGUGAGAGCAGUACUCCAUGUGGGGCCGAAUUUGCGCCUUAUAAAGGUU